AUGUUCAAAACUUUGGAAGGUCAGUCUUUGUGUGUGAAAAAUAACAGAUUGUGAUUGUGAAGGAAGUAAUAAAACAUACUAUUUGUCUAAAUAUUGUGUUCUAAAUUUAUUGUUCCUGUAGACUGUAGAGUGUUUAUUUAAAGAAGCACAAUAAUAUUCUUCUGAACUCAUGAAUAGCACAAGUGCUUCGGACUCUAAUGGAUCCAGAAAUUAUUUUGUAAACUUCAAUCAGGACAGCACAUCUUUGGCAGUUGGAAGUAAAUCAGGCUACCGACUUUACUCCUUAAGUAGUGUCGAGACACUAGAACAAAUUUACAGCAAUGGAACUGAAGAUUCUUGUUUGGUUGAAAGGCUCUUCAGUAGUAGUCUUGUUGCAGUUGUGUCUCUGACGGCUCCACGAAAACUAAAAGUAUGCCAUUUUAAAAAAGGAACAGAAAUAUGCAACUACUCAUAUUCUAAUACUAUCUUGGCUGUUAAAUUGAAUAGGGCUCGACUGGUAGUAUGUCUAGAAGAAAGCCUAUAUAUUCACAAUAUAAGAGAUAUGAAAGUACUUCAUACUAUACGUGACACCCCCCCUAACCCUCAAGGGCUUUGCGCCCUUAGUAUAAAUAGUGACAAUUGUUAUCUAGCUUAUCCUGGUUCAUCGACAAUUGGAGAAGUACAAAUAUUUGAUGCAAUCAAUUUGCAUGCAAAGACGAUGAUACAUGCUCACGAUAGUCCGUUAGCUGCAUUGGGGUUCAGUCCGAAUGGGACACGCAUUGCUACAGCUUCGGAAAAAGGAACUGUGAUAAGGGUGUUCUCUGUGACGGAUGCCUCUAAGUUGUACGAAUACAGAAGGGGCGUCAAACGAUGCGUUGCCAUAUCUUGUUUAGCAUUCAGUCUUUGUGGCCAGUUUCUGGGAUGUAGUAGUAAUACAGAGACUGUCCAUGUUUUUAAGCUGGAAGAACCAAAGGAUAGUCCGCGCAGAAGUGUUGAGGAAUCUGGUUGGAUGGGAUAUCUUACUACAUAUCUGCCUUCCCAAGUUACUGAUGUUUUUACUCAAGGAAGAGCCUUCGCUACAGCACAUUUGAAAAUGUACGGAGUCAAGAAUGUCAUAUCCAUUGCAACAAUCCAGCAGGAGCUGAGAUUACUCGUCGCAACUGAAGAUGGCGUACUAUAUGUUUAUAACAUAGAUAAGAAUGAGGGAGGUGAUUUAAUGUUGUUCAAGCAGCAUCGAUUGGAUGGUUCUUCUGAAGUGACAGGAAAAUCGUCUGACCAAAUUGACUCACCAAAAAGUUCGUCUCCUCAAGACAUCGAAGGAGGCAUUCUAGGUAGCUACGCUGGCAUCCUCAAAGGCAAUCCCAUGGGCCAAAUGUCAGAAUCAGAGAAGUUACGAGAAAUGGCUGCCGCAGCGGAAUCCCCUCCAAGAGACUCAUUUCAGUUCACUGAUGAUCAAGAAUACCCACCACUAACUCAAAACUCCGACUGAGAUCGACAAGGAGACACAUAUGAGUUCACUUUGGAAAAGCUGACAAACAAAGAGAAAUUCCAACUCACUUAUGUGAUGAAUCUCAUUGUUUGCUUAGUUGAGGAUAUUGUACUAUAUAUAUUUGAUUCUUUUUCGAAAAAUUAUUCUAUCCACUUGAUAUGUUAAUGACAAUUUUUUCAAAGCUAUUGGAUACAAAAUUAUGUUGUUUUAUUUUACACGUUUAAAUAUAGGUGUAUUAUCAAACUAAUU